AUGGAUCACCGUGAUACCGCAUCAGCACGCCCGGCUGGUGAGCCGGCUGCUGUUCCGGCUCGUCCACGCCCUCCAUAUUUACGCCCCGACAGCAAUCAGAGUAGCUCGGGCAUUUUUGACGAUGUCGAGAUGGCCCACGAUGAGCUCUUCUCUGGCCCCAUUGCCGAAAGUCUUCCAAGCAGUGUCUCAGCAUUUUCUCAUCGUCGAACUCGAGCCGAUUCAACGACCAGCUUCGUCUACUACGAAAACGAUGAAACGAACGAUGACAUAGGAGACAACCAUGAAUUUGCCAUAUCACCGCUAGACGACGAUGAUCAUUCGGCGGAUGACGACUUCCUAGCUUACAACCACGACUAUAUGCUUCAUCGAUGUUCCUCGACGCAAUCGCGAACCUCUGUACACGCGCAUCUUCUUCGCAGAGAUAGCAACAUUACCACCGCUAGCUCACAUCCAUUCAAUCGCACCAGUCAAAAAGUUUACGUGGAGAGUGAGGAUCUGACAAUUGCAAUUGCUGGAUUUCGCACAAGAAUCACAGGCUAUAUAGCGUAUAUAACCUUGUGUAUUCUGACUGGGGGUAUUGCCUACCUGGUCUUCAGAUGGAUGCCCAGGCUGUACAUCUCUCUCCUGGGGCAGGCCUGCCCUUUGAGAGACUGUAGCUGGGUUGUGAUUGAGAAUCAGUGGGGGGAAAUGGAAAUUCAACAAGUACGAAUUCAGGACUACGGCCAGCCCCUUUCCUCUAUAUUUGGACUCCCAGAAAAAUCUUUAUCUUAUGGUCUAGAUGAUGAGAAUGAUCCUGUCGUCGAUGACCUUCGAUCGCUCAAUUACCGUUACAUUCGAUUUUGUUACCACCCUCUCAAAGAUAAAUUCGUUCUGUUGAGUGGAUGGAAAGAUCCCAGUUGGACCGAUAUGCAAGCUGUGCGGACUGGUCUUGAUAGUGACGAAAAAUCGACUCGCGAGAUUAUCUUUGGAAACAAUCUUAUUGACAUAGCGCAAAAAUCCGUGGGCCAGCUGCUUGUUGACGAGGUGUUACAUCCAUUCUACAUAUUCCAGAUUGCGAGUAUCGUUCUUUGGUCACUGGAUUCAUAUUACUACUACGCAAUAUGCAUUUUUGUCAUGUCAGUUGGAAGCAUAGCGACGACCCUCAUUGAAACCCGGGCAACAAUGAAACGACUUCGCGAAAUUUCUCGCUUUGAAUGCGACGUCCGAGUUCUUCGAAAUGGGUUUUGGACAUAUAUAUCAUCAGGCGAUCUUAUUCCUGGUGAUGUUUACGAAUUAAGCGACCCUAACCUGUCUCAGCUUCCCAGCGACAGCUUGUUACUUACAGGUGACUGUAUCGUCAAUGAGAGCAUGCUUACAGGAGAAUCUGUUCCUGUUUCGAAGAUUCCAGCGACCGACAGUACGCUAGCACAACUCGACCUUACUGCUUCGUCUGUUUCUCCCGAAGUUGCACGCCACUUUCUCUUCUGUGGAACAAAAAUCAUUCGGGCAAGGCGCCCCCAAGAAGAUUUAGGCGGCGAUGCAGUUGCUCUGGCGCUCGUUGUCAGAAUCGGAUUCAGUACUACCAAAGGUGCUCUCGUGCGGUCCAUGCUGUUUCCCAAGCCCUCGGGAUUCAAGUUUUAUCGCGAUUCAUUUAGGUAUAUCAGCGUCAUGGCUGUUAUUGCCGUGCUUGGAUUUAUUGCCUCUUUCAUCAAUUUCAUCCGGCUGCAGCUGGAGUGGCAUCUGAUCAUUGUUCGUGCCCUUGAUCUUAUAACCAUUGUCGUGCCGCCAGCUCUUCCUGCAACAUUAACUAUUGGCACCAACUUUGCACUUGCUCGCUUGAAGAAAGCCAAGAUCUUCUGCAUCAGCCCACAGAGAGUGAACGUUGGCGGAAAGCUCGAUAUCAUGUGCUUCGAUAAGACAGGCACUCUAACAGAAGACGGCCUGGAUGUCCUUGGAGUUCGAGUUGUUUCAGUGGACGAGCAUAAAUUUAGCGAUAGCAUCUUGCAAGCCGCUCUCCAUGCUAUGGCAACUUGCCACUCUCUUCGCUCCGUUGACGGCGAGCUUGUUGGCGACCCCUUGGAUCUCAAAAUGUUCGAAUUUACGGGCUGGUCUUUUGAAGAAGGGAAGCACAAUGUUGUAGAAGGUGAAGAUGAGGAAUACGGCAGCCUUUCGCCUUCGAUUGCCUCCCCGCCAGAUAAAUCUAUUCAACUAGGCGUUCUUAAGUCGUUUGAAUUUGUCUCGCAGCUCCGAAGAUCCAGCGUCAUCGUGAGACACUUUGGGAAGAAGGAUGGUGACAUCUUCGUCAAGGGCGCACCAGAAGCUAUGCGUGAAAUAUGUCGACCCAGUAGCAUUCCCAAGGAUUAUGAUGAGUUGCUCUCUUACUAUACUCACAAGGGUUAUCGUGUCAUUGGUUGCGCAACACGACAUCUUAACCGUUUGAGUUGGGUUAAGGCGCAAAAGAUGACCCGUACUGAAGUUGAGCGAGAUCUUGAUUUCAUCGGCUUCAUCAUUUUCGAGAACAAGUUGAAGCCAAGCACAGCGGGUGUUUUGAAGGAACUCAAAGAUUCCAACAUUGCCACAGUGAUGGUAACAGGUGAUAACAUUCUGACGGCUGUCAGUGUUGCCAGAGAGUGCGGGCUUCUUGACCGCCAUGCACAAUGUUAUGUGCCUCGAUUUCUCCAAGGUGACUCUCGGGAUCCCACGGCAGAGUUGCAGUGGGAGAGCAUCGACAACAGCAUCUACUGUCUCGACAGUACAAGUCUGACGCCGCUUCCAGCGCCACCAGAAGGCGAUAUCUCGCUUCCUUACGACAUUUCCAAUAUGCAAAACUAUUCUCUGGCUGUAAGCGGUGAUGUGUUCCGCUGGAUAGUCGACUAUGCCCCAGCGGACUUGUUAUCAAAGAUGCUCGUGAAAGGCAAAGUUUUCGCUAGGAUGUCACCAGAUGAAAAGCACGAAUUGGUCGAGAAGUUACAAAGCAUAGAUUAUUCUUGUGGUUUCUGCGGCGAUGGCGCGAAUGACUGCGGCGCUCUGAAAGCUGCGGAUGUGGGCAUUUCGUUGUCGCAGGCAGAGGCUUCGGUUGCCGCACCGUUCACAUCGCAGGUGUUCGACAUACGAUGUGUCCUAGAAGUCAUCAGAGAGGGGCGAGCGGCUCUUGUAACAAGCUUCAGCUGUUUCAAGUACAUGAGCCUAUACUCGGCAAUUCAGUUCACAUCAGUCAGCUUUCUCUAUACCAAAGGCUCGAAUCUGGGAGACUUUCAAUUCCUCUUCAUCGACCUUCUCCUCAUCCUUCCAAUCGCUAUCUUUAUGGGCUGGGCCGGGCCGGCCGAAAGGCUUUGCAGAAAGCGACCAACGGCGGACCUCGUUUCCCGCAAGGUCCUUGUCCCUUUGCUUGGAUUGAUGGGGGUCAGCAUCCUAAUUCAAGCCAUCACAUACGUCACAGUUAGGGAGCAGUCUUGGUACGUGCCGCCGCAGCUGAGCCAUGACGAAACUAGCAUCAAGAGCUCAGAGAAUACUGCACUGUUCUUGGUUUCAUGUUUCGAGUAUAUUUUCUCCGGAGUAAUCCUCAAUGCAGGACCUCCUUUUAGACACCCCCUGUGGGAGAAUUGGCCAUUCAUCUCAACCAUCAUUCUGAGUCUGGUAGUGACUGUAUACAUGAUUGCAGGCCCAGCACCUUGGCUGUAUGAUUUGAUGCAAUUGAGCUACAUGAGCUUGGACUACAAUUUGUUCCUGGUCUUGCUUGGGUUCAUGUAUUUCGCCCUGGCCUGGGUAUACCAAGAGUUCCUCUCACUGCGACUGGCGAGACUCCUGGGUACCAUUAACAAAUGGGUUACCGGGCGAGCAAAGACAAGGAAGCAAUACAAACUGAUACAGGAGGAAAUGAAUGGGAAAUGA